UGAGGAGGCGGGAGAGCAGGAGAAGGAGGCUAUGAAGGCAAGGGAACGGCAACGUGAAAUGAUCAAUGCCUUGGACCUAAAAAAGUGAGUAAACUCAUAUUGGUGUGACUCGACAUCUCACCCUCUGAUGCCGGCUAGAUAUGCCAUCGAUGAUAGCGUGAUGGACUGGAAUGCUGCUGAGAGCCGGGUUGCUGCUGGUGGCGUCAAAGCUGGACAGACUAUCUUAAGUAUCAAGAAGAAUAGUGGGGUUGUCGGACAGAAAAGAAAAAUGGACGAGGAUAUUGGAGGUGGUGAUGCAGGGAAGGAGAAGAAGACGCGGAGGCGUUCGGGUAAGAAGGCAAAGCAUUAGUGUUGGCCGGACUCUAAUGAUCUUGGAUGUGUUAUAAGUAACGAUAAUUGUAUCGUGAGCUCAAGCCUGGUCCGGC